AUGGAUUCCAGCAACGUGAGCUCCAACCAGAGCUGCAAUGUGUUCAUCUACACCAAGAGCUCCCAAGUGCUCUACCCAGUGUUCUACACACUGAUCUUUCUGGUCAGCAUCUCUGGCAACAGUCUGGUCCUGUACGUCACCUGUCAGAAGAAACAGAAAUUCAACUCCACCUCCUUCUACCUGAUCAACCUGGCUCUCUCUGAUGCCCUCUUCAUCCUGGCGCUGCCUGGAAGGAUCACCUAUUACGUUCGGGAGUUUGACUGGCCAUUUGGGGACCUCAUGUGCCGGGUGACCUCCGUCGUGUUCUACACCAACACCUAUGCUGGCAUUGCUUUCAUGACCUGCAUCAGCCUGGACCGCUACCUGGCCAUGGUGCACCCGCACCGGCUGCUGCGCUUGAGGAAGGUGGAGGCGGUGCGUGCUGUGUGCAUUUUGGUGUGGCUUCUGGUGUUUCUCCAAACCUGCCCCCUGCUCUUCAGAAGCAUGCUGGGCCACACCGAGGGCAAGCACACCUGCAUGGAGUACUUCACCUUUGACGGCUCUCCACUCAUCCCCUACCUGCUCCUCGUGGCCUGCACCAUCAGCUUCUGCAUCCCCCUGGUCCUCAUCGUCGGCUGCUACGCCCAGAUCAACCGUAAGCUGUCCAGAGCCGCCAGGCAGAACCCCAUGACGGGGCGCACCAAAUGCAAUCACAAGGCCAACCACAUCACCCUGCUGAUCCUCUUCACCUUCGUCAUCUGCUUCAGCCCCUACCACUUCAAUAUCAUGCAGUUCAUGGUGCGCAAGAUCCUCGGCCAGCCCUCCUGCGAGGAACUGAAGGCCUUCAAAACCUCCCUGCAGGUCACCGUGUCCUUGAUGAACCUCAACUGCUGCCUGGACCCGGUCAUUUACUUCUUCGCCAUCAAGACGUACAAGCGAAAAGUGGUGAGCCUCUUCAAGGGCUACCUGUCCACAUCUGCACCAUCCAGCAAGGCUGCGAUUGAGAACAGCAGCAGCAACACCUGA